AUGCAUUCGUUUUUCAGUGGUAUGCUUCUCUUCGCGACAUCGCCUGCGUAUGCUUUCGUACAGGGCGACUGUAUCAAGCAUGACUUUGCUUUGACAAGACUAGCUCUGCAGCUAUCACCCGGGGCAGCGAUAUUAUGCCGCUACUCUCCGCUGCAACAGCACAAUGCCCACCGAUACUGGGGAGAACAGUACGGCAAGAAUGCAACACUUGUGGUUUCUCCACACACCAGAAAGGACGUCAGUUUUGCUGUUCAAGCUGCUUCUUCCUCGAAACUUGGCAGAGACCUCGCUUUUGUGGGUGGAGGUCAUGGACAAACUAACGCAUCCAGCACAUCUGGAUUUCUGAUUGAUCUGUCCUGGAUGAACUCGACUCGAAUCUUGCACAAUGUCACUCUCGGAGAUGCUAGGGUAUCUACGGCUAUUGCUUACCAAGGAGGCGCUACUUGGAAGCAAGUCAUGGAUUGCACAAACGGAACAGGUUUUACAGCCGUCGGCGCUCGAGUUGGUGAUGUGGGCGUAGGCGGCUUCUCCACUGGAGGAGGUAUCGGCUUCUUGGCUGGUGCAUACGGGUAUGCCAUCGAUCGUCUCCGAGCAAUGGAAGUGGUCUUGAUGUCUGGAGAAAUAGUACUCGCCACCAAGACCAAUAAGUACUCGGAUCUGUUCUGGGCACUACAAGGUGGAGGUGGCCAGUUUGGCAUCGUGACUACCUUUUAUCAAGAAGCAGUGCCGGAACCAGUUUCCUCGGAGUUUGGCAUCUGGACAGUGGCUAGAGAGUCUUGGGAACGGGCGAGACUGAACACGAUGCAGUUUUUUGACUCCAACGACGAUCCGUUUUCGUUGAUGUACUAUUCGUUGGGUUAUUAUCCUGAGCAUCUCACACCCGGAGACCUGAUCACUACUAUGGUGAUAGUAGGCAUACGAUUUGGGGCUCCGCAUAACCAGUCCCCCAGCCCACUUACUGCAUACAAGAACAAAACCGACGGUACUAUCCCAACCGCAAAGCCCACAGAGCAAAAGACCUUCAACCAGACAUUCUCAGCACUGCUCGAUGGCCUGGUGCUAAAACAAUCCUCAUUCUACAAAGUCCCAUACGGCCAAGCCACCGAACUAAGCACCCCAUUCUUUCCUUACGGUUAUCGCCGCGGCUUCUGGGGCCCUCAGACCUCCAAAGUGACUGCUGCAUACCUAGCCACUGCAUCCCACAGCAUGGAAACCUACAUCAAUGAAUCGCUUGUCCGUGGUCAAAUCCCUGCAACAGCGGUCUGGGUCUUGCAAUACAUGUACCCAUUCCAAAACGGUCACGCACCAAUCUCAGACACCGAUACCGCAUGGCCACAUUCCCUCUCCGCACACCAAACACUCUUCUCUCCUGCAUGGACUGAUGCCGCAGAUGAUGCGUUUGUCAUUCACAACAACGAUGUUCUAAAUAACAUUACUUAUCACCAUCAAGCGUCGAUAGGGCCUUUUGUUGCCGACUAUCCGAAUUACAUUUCGCCCAAAGCGGCGGGAGAAAGGGUUUGGGGUGGCAAUGUAAAGAGAUUGGUGCAGGUCAAGGGGAAAUAUGAUCCGCAGUGCAGGAUUCAUCAAGGACGGGUCUUUGCGUCGGAGGUUUGUGUUGAGAAAGGGUGGGCGAAUGUUUUUGAGGGUAAAGGAUAG